UUGAUAGUUUACGUCUCACGACUGUUCCCAAUGUUUUCAGUGCAAUUUUUAGUCGUUUAAUAAGCAUCUACGUCAGCGAAUUAUAGCUGUUUGUCUACAAGAAGACAUGGGGAAACCACGGAAGAAGUGUGACCUGAGCCGGGCUGAGCUCAUGAUGAUGACUAUUGCCGAUGUCAUUAAGCAGCUGGUUGAGGCGCAUGAAGAGGGCAAAGACAUUAACCUCAACAAAGUGAAAACCAAAACCUCAGCUAAAUAUGGUCUGUCUGCACAGCCUCGGUUGGUGGACAUCAUCGCUGCUGUCCCACCUCACUACCAUCGUACUCUAGUGCCGAAACUAAAAGCCAAACCUAUCCGCACUGCCAGUGGGAUUGCAGUAGUGGCUGUGAUGUGCAAGCCCCAUCGCUGUCCACACAUCAGCUUCACAGGAAACAUCUGUGUCUAUUGUCCAGGUGGGCCUGACUCGGACUUUGAGUACUCCACACAGUCUUAUACUGGCUAUGAGCCAACUUCUAUGAGAGCCAUCAGAGCGCGUUAUGACCCCUACCUUCAGACCAGACAUCGUGUAGAGCAGCUAAAGCAGCUCGGCCACAGUGUGGACAAGGUGGAGUUCAUUGUUAUGGGUGGUACCUUCAUGGCUCUGGCUGAGGAAUACAGAGAUUACUUCAUCAGGAACCUUCAUGACGCACUAUCUGGUCACACUUCUAAUAAUGUGGCGGAGGCGGUCAGGUACUCUGAGUGCAGUAAAACCAAGUGUGUAGGCAUCACCAUCGAGACACGGCCUGACUACUGCCUGAAAAGGCACCUCAGUGAUAUGCUGGGCUAUGGCUGCACACGACUGGAAAUAGGAGUCCAGAGUGUCUACGAAGAUGUGGCCCGUGACACUAACAGGGGCCACACAGUGCGAGCAGUGUGCGAGUCAUUCCAUCUGGCAAAGGAUGCAGGCUUUAAGGUGGUGGCCCACAUGAUGCCAGACCUUCCUAAUGUGGGCCUGGAGAGGGAUGUGGAACAAUUUGUUGAAUUUUUUGAGAAUCCGGCAUUCAGACCCGACGGUUUGAAGCUAUACCCAACACUGGUGAUCCGAGGCACAGGCCUUUAUGAGCUGUGGAAGACCGGCCGCUACAAGAGCUACUCGCCCAGCACCCUGGUGGACCUUGUGGCUCGCAUCCUGGCCCUGGUGCCCCCCUGGACAAGGGUCUAUCGUGUGCAGAGGGACAUUCCCAUGCCCCUGGUGAGCUCAGGGGUGGAGCAUGGUAACCUGAGAGAACUGGCACUGGCAAGGAUGAAGGACAUGGGAACUGAGUGUCGGGAUGUAAGAACAAGAGAGGUUGGCAUCCAGGAGAUACACCACAAAGUGCUGCCUUACCAGGUGGAGCUUGUGCGCAGGGACUAUGUGGCUAAUGGUAGCUGGGAGACCUUCCUGUCCUACGAGGAUCCAGAGCAGGACAUCUUGAUUGGCCUGCUACGCCUGCGUCGCAGCUCUCCAGAAUCAUUUCGACCAGAGCUGAAGGGAGGCGUGUCCAUUGUGCGAGAGUUGCAUGUGUAUGGUAGCGUGGUCCCUGUCAGCAGCCGAGACCCCAGCAAGUUCCAGCACCAGGGUUUUGGUAUGAUGUUGAUGGAGGAAGCAGAAAGAAUUGCCUGUGAGGAGCAUGGCUCUAAUAAGCUGGCCAUUAUCUCAGGGGUAGGGACCAGGAACUACUACAGGAAGAUUGGAUAUGAAUUGGAGGGACCAUAUAUGGUGAAGAACCUUUGUGAAACUGGAAAGGACUGAAUUGACUACCUUCCAGGUGCUAGGCUUUUUUUAAUAUUACAUGUUUAUAUGGACAGUACACAUGCAUCCACACACAAUCAUACUCAUGAUUUUAUUUAUUAUAUGACUGAUUCUUUGAAGUCAGUGCCCCUGUAAUGAAAAAAUUAUAAAGUGCCAAACUACUCCAAGAUGAUCUAGAACAAGAAAACCUCUUAACUUCAUGUGUUUGUUGAUCAUAUUUAGGUUACAAUUACAAGGAAGAACAUGAAUUUACUUCUCAUUAUCACUGUAUGAAAUAAUUAUGGAUGUUCUCACUAGAAUGGUGUAUUUGCAGAUUAUAUUAUUUACUGAGCAGGAUUUUUUUUUGCAUUACAUAUUGUUCUUUAAAAACCUUCAGCUAAUCCUAUUUCUUUUUCCUUCAUGCAUUUGUUGACAACAUGUACUCAACAUGUAGGAUGCUCUUGAUAUUUCAAAAAAAGCAAGGGUAGUUGCAUUUAAUUUUUGUUCUGAUGUUUUAUUUUCACACAGAUGACAAUAUGAGUUAAGCCUAAAUUACACAGAAGAAGUGUAAAAAUGACAUGUAAAAUGGAACAUCGCUGUUUUCUUAAUGGAGAGUAACAGGAGCAAGUUCUGACGAACCUUUCUAUAUUGUCAGUGAUCCCAGCACUUUGGGGUGACCGUUGAUGAUUACUCUUUUCCUGGCUCUUUUGGCACCACCAUUUAAUUAUGCCUUCAUCAGUUCCCUGUCUACUGAACAUUCACUGACUGCUUCAUGUGGUUUGCACACUAUUUUUGUAAAGGGUUUUCAUUUGAAAAAUGGUAAUAAAGUGAAAAACCUUGUUGA